GUAUCCUUCAUGCGGUGAACUUUUCUGCGUUAUAUACUUACGGCAGAAAUUGUUAUCAGUUGCACGAUACAGGAUAUUAUGAAAGGACGAAAUGUUUUCUCUGGGAACAAAAAAGGUCAUUUCUUUUAUUUCCAUCGCUGCAACGUUGCUACUAAGAGUACAAUUAACGGAAAGUUCACCAUCGCAUGAAACAUCGCAGAAUUUACAAGACACACAGACUAACACAACUAGUUCUGAUGGGGAUGCUUGCAGUUCAAAUCCAUGUUUACACGGGACAUGUUUUGGAAAUGGGACAGAAUACCAUUGCUUUUGUCUUUCUGGAUUCACUGGGACGAAUUGUGAAACAACUCUUGAUGCAUGUAGCACUAAUCCCUGUCUGAGGGGUAUAUGCCUCCAUCACCGUGCAGACUAUUAUUGUGUUUGUCCCUCGGGGUACACUGGUAAAAACUGUGAUGCAACUAUAAACGCAUGCAAGUCUAAUCCAUGUGAGAGAGGUGUUUGUUACCACUAUCAUAAACAGUUCCGUUGUGUCUGCCCUCCAGGCUACUCUGGCAAACUCUGCGAAAUAGAUAUUAACGAAUGUUUCUCACAGCCGUGUUUGAACGGAGGAAUUUGUAAUGAUGAAAUAGCAGGCUUCUCGUGCAAUUGCUCAUCAGGAUUCACCGGAGAUCAUUGUGGGACAGACAUAGAUGAAUGUUCAUCCAGCCCUUGCCUCAAUGGUGGAGUAUGUAAAGACGGAAUAAACCGAUAUGUCUGCCAGUGUUCGACAGGGUAUGGUGGAGACAUUUGUCAAAAGGUGACUAACCCAUGUAAAUACAACCCUUGUGUCAGAGGCACGUGCUUUGCUCACUUGUCGCAAUUCAUCUGCGAGUGUCCUUCAAGAUAUACUGGAAAACUCUGUGACACUUCCAUACAACUGAUGCUCAACGGACCUAAGGAGAUGUUUAUCACGUUACAGGCUGGGAACAUGUUAAACUUACAAUGUAGUGUGUCUAUGCCUGAUAACAGGUACUAUUCCUACCGUGCCUCUUUUGAAUGGUCAAAGAGAAGACACUGUGGUGGAUCCUUCAGCUCACAUAGUCGAUCGUCUUCAUAUCAGAAAUCAGAUGCACAUAUUGGGGAUGCAGGAACAUACAUGUGCAUAGCUUCCUAUCGGUAUGAACCUUCUGUGAUGAAAGUCUUCCACGUAGAUAUACCAUGGCAGUCGGAGACAUGUAAUUUCGACGAUGGCUCGUUGUGUGGAUGGACAGAUUAUGGGUCUAGUAUUUCCUGGAGUCUACAAUAUGGUAGAACACAAUCGAUUGAUAGAGAACAGAGGAACGAUCAUACACUUGGAACGUCAGACGGCGGGUAUAUGCAGGUUGAUGCAACUUCGCAAAGAGAUGAUGAUAGAACAGCUCUUCUCACGUCACAUGAUUUUCCCGCUGGUCGUACGGUUUGCUUUGAAUUUUGGUAUCGGAUAUCUGGAGAAGGACAAGGAAGGUUAUCUGUGAAUUUGAAGGACAAGUGUUUGAGUAAGGAAACGGAAUUGUUAAAAUUCACUGAGGACCAGGGUCGAAAGUGGAACAAGGCAACUGUCACUGUAUUACAAACUUUUGUUCCAAAUGACUACAACAUAAUCCUAAAAGCUGACAUUCGACGCUCAUUCAAUGGUACCAUGGCUAUAGAUGAUGUAAAAAUCAGUAAGGGAAACUGUCUAGAUUGAGAAAAAACACUGUUCAAACAAAAUCAUGCAUUCAAGAAAAUAGACUCUUCAAAUUGCCUUUCAAGACGACUGAUUACAUUUCAGUAAAUGACUUUAUGCCGUACAA